AUGCAAAAUGAGACCUUACAAGAAACGGCUGCAAUACAGGGACACACUCUCGCUCCUGAAGUGCGAUGGUUCGGCAUCAUCGUCGGCUCACUCAGCAUCGUCAUCGGCACUUUAGGCAAUUUUUUGACAAUUCUAGUGAUUGUCAGAAAUCGAUCCAUGCAGACAAAGUUCAAUAUGUUUAUUGCAAAUUUGUGUGUCAUCGACUUCCUUACAGCUGCCACGAUGCUUCCCGUCAACGUAGCAUCGUAUGUUCUAGGCCGCUGGCCCUUUCCUCGCUUUCCUUGGUGGUGCAGUCUCCAGGCUUUUUACUACUACUGUUGUGGCUAUACGUCUACUGUUUGUCUUAUAGCCAUAUCGGUAAAUCGGCUUGUCGGAAUCUGCUUCCCUCUGUAUUAUAACAAAAUAUUCUCGCGAAGAAAAAUCUGGUUUGAACUUGCUUUUACUUGGCUUCUUGCUCCACUGCUCAUGGCUCCCUUUUUCUUCAAUAAUGGAUUUCAGUGGGUUGAUAAAUAUUCCCUUUGUGUCUUCAACAACAUGCAAUUCAACGCGCAAUGGAUGCACUACAUGCAAUUCACAAGGAUAACAUUUCAAAUGGUGCCUGUUUUUGUGUUUAUAGUUAUUUAUUCUAUCAUUUUUGUCAAAGUCCGUGGAUCUGGCAUGCAAGUAAUCAAAAUGUCGCUGAAGUCCAACUCGGGCACCUCUACUAGCGAAGAUUCCACGACACGAGAUGACGAGCUCUUAGUAAAGAAGAAGAAAUAUAAGGUCCUUGAUCGACUACCUCAUAAACACUUAGAUAAAUCAUUUUCAGCUGCAACGCUAGAGGUCAAGAAACCGCAACAAAUCGUAGUUCGUCCGGUACUCUCCGCCCCUGGUGGAGACAACAAGGAAAUCGUCAAUGGAAGAUUCGUUUCACCCAAGGGCGAUCGCGGAUUGACGAAAAUCAUUCAAAAUCGCCAAAAUGUUGAUUUCAAAUUGCUCGGAAUGAGCAUCACCAUCGUCAUUUGCUUCAUGGCGCUCUUCUUGCCCAGCGUCAUCAUCAAUUUGCUUCCUGGAUCGAAAAAAUUUGCCAAGGGUCUCGAAGCUAAUUUAUUUAUCUGA